CUUGCCUGCCCUUAAAUCAGGGCUGUAAGAUAUGUCCAAUUGCGAUUCCAAUAGUCGAUCGCGAGGUAAUGAAAUCAUUCUCAAGCCGUACCGUCAUCCAUCUAAACUACCUCUCGUUUCUAAGUACGUCUCUGACUUGAAGAGAAACACGCGCACUCAAAUAGACAGACGACCGUACAUGAUGGACUUCAGAAAUUCAAAGUCUAGGACUGGUGACAGCGCAUCUUCGCGUUCAGUUGUCACUUUGGAUCUAGAUGGCUCCUACGACUUUAUCAAGAACCCAGCAGUAACGGCCACUCGAGUACAACAAGUCAGAAAAGUCCGUGAGCAAACUAUGGAAAUUCCUGACGACUUGGACACGUAUUUCAAACAAAAUUCUACAAGAAAACCGCCACUACGACCGCGUGGAUCACGCGAAACUGAAAAGCACGAAGAGUUCGACCUUGAUCAUGAAGGGCGCAAAGUUGGUGACGGCGGCCAACGAAGAGGCAGCGUAAUGCUACUCAAUCCAAAAAGAAUAGGAGAAAGAAACACGUGGAACACACCAGCAGACUCUGACAGAAAACGUAUGCGAACAAAACAUCAAACUGACAGCCCAAAAAUGUCUGCAUCACCAAGUGACUUGAUAGCAGAUACAAAUAGCGAUGGUAAUGAGAUGCUAAUGGAGCGAAGAGUACCAUCGCAUUGA